AUGAGUGGGUUGCCGAUGAUCAAAUGCUCAUCAUGUGGGAUUGACAUCGACAUCUUGCAACUGGCCGAUCAUGUGUGUGCAACAGCUCCUCUUUCAGCAGCUGGCUCAUCAACAACUUCUUCGCAAGCUCCGACGUCGCCAACACUCCAACGUGCUUCCACCUUUGGUGGUCCAUCAUUCAGCACGAGGUAUGAAAGCCAGACAGCUACGAGUCGCAUGCCGGCACCGCCCAGGAUCGACUCACAAGCAGCUAAUAAACCAUUCCGGCCCCUCGAGGUAUCGCCUUUGAGUAGCGCCUAUAGCGAUCCUAGAAGUCGUUCGCCGCUGCCCUUGGCGCCUCCAAAAUCUCCCUACGCCCUGAACCGAAGUGCAACCAGCCCAAUCCCGCCCUCUAUCUCGCCGCCCUCGCCGGACAUUUCUUCCAACAUGGACUCCGCGUUUCCUCGAUUCCCUACCAAUCGAGCAGCCACGCCACAGAGUGCGCGAUCGCAAGACCGGGAUAGGCUCGAUGCCACGUACAACCAGCGGUAUCCGGAGCCUAGUCCCCUCUUCGCACCUCUCAGUCCUCGCAUGAAUGGUGGAGAAAACGUCUCGAAACGCAUGGACAGCAUCGCUCCUGGCCCCUUCGACAGUCGACGCCCGAGCACAGCUAGUGUGCCCAGAUCGCCCUCGCAGGAGCCGCCACUUGGGCACCGGAGAUCGGAGACAAAGGGGAGCGUGAGUAGUGUUGGGAGCCGAUCAAAAUCACGGACAUCGGUGGCGUCAAAUACUUCGCGUGCUUCUGCAUAUUCUAACCGCAGCGUCGGCCUGUCUAGCCGCACAAAAUCUGGACCGUCUGCGGCGAUGCAGCCACCGCCUUUACCAGCUGCAGCCGACGAUAGUGAGGGCAUCGACGCUUUCCUAGGACGAUUGCAAAACGAGGCUAAACGACCAGGACAGUUGAGUCAAGACGAUAGAUCGAAGACAUACCCACUACGUAACGAGAGCCAAGAAAGGAGAAAGCCACCGCCACGACCAAGGAGGCCUUCAGAGAAAGAUUUGCCUCCAGCGAACAUUGCCGAGUAUAAGACGUCGGACUUUGCCCCUCGAUCGAACAACAAGGUUCCCAUGCGCAUCCCCAGUCGGACAGAAUCUGAAACAGGCGUCCCGAGAGGCCCUGGACCUGAGCGGAUAUUACAGCCACCAGCACCUGAUUACAGCGUUGACACGCCAUCUGGGGCUUUACACACUCCGUCCGAUUCGGGUUUGUCAGAUGACUCAUACGCCAGCUACACCACACGUAGCGUUGCUAGCUCUCGUUCAAGUCCACCUGGAUCCGAGGCAGGGCACUCGCGCAAUGUUUCCAGGAUCGGUCGUUCAGACUAUCUCGCGGAGGACGGAUUCCUGAGAACGGCAAGUCCUGAUUCGUUUGUCGAAUCAAGGGCCCCACCUCCUCAGGCUCAGGGUCGACGACCGCCUGCAAGCUACACACGCCCGAACCUACAUGAACCGAUUCCACGGAUCUUGUCACCUGGGUUCCCAAGUCCUAGCGCACCCGAAUCUCCAAUGGAUCCUGCCAUACAGUUGGGAGAUUUCUUUGAGAGACGCCCGCGAGCACAGGCUUCUCCAAUAGAUCCUGCUUUGAACAUUGGGCAGAGUCCUCCAAGACGAAGACCGGAGCCUGGACCACGACGAGAAGAGACUCGCCGUCCUACGCCUACAGCCAAAGGCAAUUGCCGUGGGUGUUCCGAGCCCAUCGUUGGCAAGUCUGUCAAAGACUCGUCGGGCCGCUUGCAAGGACGCUACCACAGGUCAUGUUUCGUUUGCCGGACGUGUGGCGACGGCUUCCCGACCGGGGAGUUCUAUGUACACGAGAACGCACCCUAUUGCGAGCAUCACUACCACAAGCUUAAUGGAUCUCUUUGCAACACAUGCAAUCGAGGUAUCGAGGGCCAAUACCUGGAGACAGAUGCACGGGAGAAAUUUCAUCCCAGAUGCUUCACAUGCACAACGUGUAGGAUCCCCUUGAGUGCGGAUUACUAUGAAGUUGGCGGGCGAAAAUUCUGUGAACGGCACGGUCAGCAGGCUGCAGCUCCACGCCAGAAUUACCUCGGACCUGGCGACUACCGGCCUCGAAACGUGCAGAAGCGUCGAACAAGGCUUUUAAUGAUGUGA